AUUACAAAUGGGUAAUUGGGAUUGCCGAGCCCAGCCCAGCCCCUCUCAAGUUUGCACUUUGCACGCCAUAUCCAAUCUCCUCCACGGCUACCCUGCAAAAGGAGACCACCACGACUCAGCCGUCUGGGAUUCCCGAGCUCCACCGUCUCCUCAACUUCGAGUUCGACGUUGCACCCAAACCAAUGAAGAAGAAUCGGUAGGAAGUGGUCAUCGAAAAACCCAAUUUCUAGAAGUCUCCAACUGAUGCUCUUCAUCUUGCUAUGAUACAAUCAACUUUCAUCCGCCCAAAAAUCUUAGCCAAAGCGAUGUCAAUAUGUUACUAAUUACAAAAGGAAAACUGGAAACUGUGUUAAUGUCUUUGAAGCAUUGGGUUACUUUGCAGAAUGUGCAGCUUAGGAGCAAUAUUGACCAAGUAUUCUCUGUGCUCUGCUCUUAGUUCUUGUGCUAAAACACAUAAUCUGUUUUUGGGUUUGCAAAUUCAUGCUCAAAUCGUCAAAAUCGGAUUUGAAGAGAACUUAUUUUUGAACAGUUCACUGGUUGAUUUAUACUCCAAAUGUAAUGCCAUUGUGAAUGCCAAAAGGGUCUUCUCUCAGAUGAAGACUCAUGACCAUGUAUCUUGGACUUCUAUAAUAUCAGGGCUUUCUCAAAAUGGUUGUGGUAGUGAAGCCAUCCUGAUGUUCAAGAAUAUGUUGGUAACUCAGGUUAGACCCAACUGUUUUACUUAUGCCACUGUUAUUAGUUCAUGCCCAACUUUGAAGAAUGAACUUCAGAUUCAUCUUGCAACUUUGCUUCAUGCCCAUGUUAUCAAAUUUGGUUUUACUUUUAGCAGUUUUGUAAUUAGCUCUACUAUUGAUUGUUACUCUAAACUAGGAAGAAUACGAGAAGCAGCUCUGCUCUUUUCUGAGUCCAGUGUGAAGGAUAAUAUCAUAUUUAAUUCUAUGAUAUCAGGGUAUUCUCAAAACUUGUAUGGGGAAGAAGCGUUAAAACUGUUUGUAGAAAUGAGAGCUAGUAAUUUGAGCCCAACUGAUCAUACAUUAACUAGUGUUUUAAAUGCUUGUGGGUGUCUAACAGUACUUGAACAAGGAAGGCAAGUUCACUCUCUUGUUACAAAAAUGGGAUCAGAAAAUAAUGUGUUUGUAGUCUGUUCUUUACUUGAUAUGUACUCAAAGUGUGGCAGCAUCGAUGAGGCAUUUUCAAUAUUCAAUCAGACAGUACAAAAGAACAGUGUGCUGUCUACAUCGAUGAUUACGGCUUUUGCUCAAUGUGGUAGAGGUUUAGAAGCAUUAAAGCUCUUUGAGAGUUUGUUGACUGAAGAUAGUUUUGUGCCUGAUCAUAUCUGUUUUACCGCAGUUCUAACAGCUUGCAAUCAUGCAGGAUUACUAGAUGAGGCAGUUGAAUAUUUCAAUAAAAUGAGGCGUGAAUACCAUUUAGAUCCUCAAAUUGAUCAUUAUGCUUGUUUGAUUGAUCUCUAUGCCAGAAAUGGGAAUGUAGAAAAGGCCAAGCAAAUGAUGGAGCAAAUGCCUUACGAAUCUAAUUACGUAGUUUUGUGUUCCCUCUUGGGUGCUUGUAAAGUUCAUGCAGAGGUCGAGCUUGGGAGGGAGGUGGCACAUCGACUCAUUGAGAUGGAUCCAAGUAAUGCUGCACCAUAUUUGACGCUUGCCCAUAUCUCUGCGAAAGCUGGUUUAUGGACACAGGUGGGUGAGAUUAGAAAAGAGAUGCAACAAAAAAGGGUAAGGAAAAGUGCAGGGUGGAGUUGGAUUGAGAUAGAUAAGAAAACUCAUGUAUUCUCAGUUGGUGAUGCUGCUCAUCCGAAAUCAUGUGAGAUUUAUUCAAAACUUGAUCAACUGAAUUUGGAUAUGAAAGCAGCUGAACAAUCAUCAAAAGCACUUGAGUAUGACGUUGAGUGUUAAUGUCAGUGAUGGAAUAGAGUUAUUGUUUGAAGUUCUAAUAGCAGACUAGUUGGAAAUGAGAAUCCAGGGGAUUCACCUUUGCAGUGAAUUCUUGGAUGAGCAAUACUCAUAUUUGUUUAGGAUGGUUGGAUUAGAAAAAAUGGCGGAGACUACCAGGGUGUGGCAAUCGAUUGCAACCCAUAGGUCUGUUUAUGACAAUAAAACACCAAAGUUAAGAUUAAUCAAAUUGGAAGAUGGGAUCGUUGGCAUUUUUGUUCCAGUAGGGUUACUGUGUUCCAAUUGCAGGAAGGAAAAGAAAAUGCCACUAGAAAUCAAAGUAAGCAAUCAUGAAUUAAUAGAGAGAAUUGGGUAGAUGAAGAUAGUGAAGAACAUGGAAUUGCAAAAGAGAAGCCUGAAAGGGGAAAAAUGAACUAUUCGGCCAUGUUGAUGAAGACCUUGGUUCAAGUAGCAAGAGCGAGAGCGAGGUUAAGAAUUGAGAAACAACAUAGAAGUGAAAGCUGAUAAUUGAGAUGAAGAGAGUGAGUAUCUAGGCCAACACGCUUGAUUCAAUUGGUCAUUUAUAUAAUUUCAUGGAUUGAUGAUGAUGUGAAAAAAAAUCAAAAGAACUUAGAUUUUCAAAAAGGCAGAUCAAAUUUCAUUUGGACAUCUCGAAAAUAGAUAGAUUGGUAUAAAGAUGUAGUCAAAACUCAGGAACCACUCCCAUGGACACUUGUGCUUUCCUUUUUCAAGUUGUGUUUGAAUUAUGUCUUUGUAGUUCUUUUGAUAUUAUAAAUGAAGGCAAAAUACUGAAGUCCUUUAGCAUUUAGUAAUUAUUUGAUUUUUGUAAUAAAUCUUAUAACCACU